CACUAUGACGUCAUGACUGACGCCACGCCGCGUUGACUGGUGUUUUUUAUUUUUAAUUUUUAAAGCCUAAACUUGAGUACACUCAUGCAGCAGUUAUGCAGAUGGGUGUAAUACAUCUCUGGUGGAGAAUCGUUGAGGCCUGCAGAAGAUAAGCUACAGAAUGAGAUCAAUUGUGUUUGUGCCCGUUAGCUGAGGAAUGAUGAUGAUGUUUGCUGCUGGUGCUUCUAGCAUGUAUGCUAAAGUUAGCUUUCCUCAUUCAGUAUUUCUGUGUGUGAACUGCUAACAUAGCAGCCCGCAGCUUUCGACUUCACUUCCAUCUCUUUUAGAGCAGGACAGUAGUAACUCUGAACCUGUGGUCAUCUGGGGAUUACUCCGACACAUCUGAGUGCAUUGGCCCUGACUCAGCUGUUGUUAAAGAGAGAGACGGUGAAGAUGAGCGGCUGUGUGGAGCAGGAGGAGGCCUGUCAGGAUCUAGCCUUCAUAUGAACCUCUGCUGGGGCUCUGUGAGUGACUGACAGCUGUCUGUGGUGAGCAUGUCUGUGCACGAGGACUUAGAUCACCCGCGCUUCUUUGUGGGAGCUGAUGACGGCGAGGGAGACGAGCUGCUGGAUCCAGGCAGAGUGCUCGGCUAUGACUGCCUGUAUGAAAACGUGGAAGAAGAGGAUGAAGACAGAGAUGAUGCAGAAUAUGAUUCGCCUCCCGAGAGACAGAUCGUGGUGGGCAUCUGUGCCAUGUCUAAGAAGUCAAAGUCCAAACCUAUGAAGGAGAUCCUGGAGAGACUGUGUCUGUUCAAAUACAUCACUGUGGUUACGUUUGAAGAGGAAGUCAUUCUGAAUGAGCCGGUGGAAAACUGGCCACUCUGUGAUUGUCUCAUCUCUUUCCAUUCCAAGGGAUUCCCGCUGGAUAAAGCUGUGGCUUAUAAGAAGCUGAGGAAUCCAUUUGUCAUCAAUGAUCUGGAUCUUCAGUAUUUUAUUCAGGACAGGAGGGAGGUGUAUCAGAUACUGAAGGCCGAGGGAAUACAGCUCCCCCGCUUUGCGGUUCUGAACAGAGAUGCUGCCAGACCAGAAGAAUGUAAUCUGGUGGAGGGAGAGGAUCAUGUGGAGGUGAAUGGGGAGAUUUUCCAGAAGCCUUUCGUAGAGAAGCCUGUGAGUGCUGAGGACCACAAUGUCUACAUCUACUACCCCACAUCUGCAGGAGGAGGCAGCCAGCGGCUCUUCCGCAAGAUUGGCAGCAGAAGCAGCGUCUAUUCUCCCGAGAGUAACGUCAGGAAAACUGGAUCCUACAUCUAUGAGGAGUUCAUGCCCACAGACGGAACGGAUGUGAAGGUGUAUACUGUAGGUCCUGACUAUGCCCAUGCAGAGGCCCGUAAAUCUCCUGCUCUGGAUGGGAAGGUGGAACGAGAUAGUGAGGGCAAAGAGGUCCGUUACCCAGUCAUCCUCAAUGCCAGAGAGAAGCUCAUCGCAUGGAAAGUCUGUUCGGCUUUCAAGCAAACUGUGUGUGGGUUCGACCUGCUCCGAGCCAAUGGCCAGUCAUACGUCUGUGACGUCAAUGGCUUCAGCUUCGUCAAGAACUCCAUGAAAUACUACGAUGACUGUGCAAAAAUCCUGGGGUUAGUAUACAAAUCCAAAAUAUCCAGAAUAUCAGCUCCACAGUUUCAGAUCCCGUGGUCGAUCCCUUUAGAAGCAGAGGACAUUCCCAUAGUUCCCACAACCUCUGGGACUAUGAUGGAGUUGAGGUGUGUGAUCGCUGUGAUUCGACAUGGUGACAGGACCCCUAAACAGAAGAUGAAAAUGGAAGUUAGACAUCAGCGGUUUUUUGACCUUUUUGAAAAAUGUGAAGGUUACAAAAGUGGAAAACUGAAAUUAAAAAAACCAAAGCAGCUCCAAGUCAUCAUUGACUACAGCUAUUUCCUGGAAAAAGGCAAUGGGACAUUGAAAAAAAAGUGGGAUGUCUUGGUGAGAUCAAAAGUGUGCAGUAAAGCUGUCAUUGCAAAAUGUGCGGAGGGACGACCCGUGGUUAUGAUUUUGGUUUUGAAGUGGGGUGGAGAGCUGACUCCCGCAGGCAGGGUUCAGGCUGAAGAGCUUGGCCGGGCCUUUAGGUGUAUGGUACCCUGGAGGACAAGGGGAAUGGGCUGCUGGACAAGCAGCUGCCAGCAGAAAGUCAAAGCACGCCUUCAUGACAUCCUGCAGAAGGACAGAGACUUCACGCCAGAAGACUACGAGAAGCUGGCGCCCACCUCCAGCACUUCUCUGGUGAAGUCCAUGCAGAUGAUUAAAAACCCCGUGAAGACGUGUGAUAAGGUGUACUCCCUCAUCCAGAACCUGACGCUGCAGAUCCGCCAGAGGAUGGAAGACCCCAAAUCAGCAGAUAUCCAGUUGUAUCACAGUGAGACUCUUGAGCUGAUGCUGCGUCGGUGGUCUAAACUCGAGAAGGAUUUCAAGAUGAAGAACGGCCGAUACAACAUCAGCAAGAUCCCUGAUAUCUACGACUGCAUCAAAUAUGACGUGCAGCACAACAGCUUAUUAAAGCUGGACAACACCAUGGAAAUUUACCGGCUGUCCAAAGCACUGGCUGACAUCGUCAUCCCACAGGAAUAUGGUAUUUCUCAAGCUGAGAAACUAGACAUAGCCAAAGGUUACUGUACACCUCUUAUUCGCAAGAUCCGCUCUGACCUACAGAGGACACAAGACGAUGACACUGUUAAUAAACUGCAUCCAGUAUAUUCCAGAGGAGUCAUGUCUCCAGAACGUCAUGUGCGGACCAGACUUUACUUCACCAGUGAGAGCCACGUUCACUCGCUGCUGUCUAUCUUGCGUUAUGGAGCCCUCUGUGAUGAGGCCAGAGAUGAGCAGUGGAAGAGAGCCAUGGACUACCUCAAAAUAGUCAGCGAGCUGAACUAUAUGACACAGAUAGUCAUCAUGCUCUAUGAAGACCCAAACAAGGACCCUUCUUCAGAGGACCGUUUCCAUGUGGAGCUUCAUUUCAGUCCAGGAGCUAAAGGCUGUGAAGAAGAUAAAAACCUGCCGUCUGGAUUUGGAUAUAGACCAGCAUCCAGAGAGAAUGAAGGCUCCAAGAAGAAAUCCCAUAAUGACAGUGAUGAGGAGCCCGGUGGUGCUAAACGUGACGAGCCGGAUCGAGCGCUUAUGAUGUUCCGCCCCAUGGUGUCAGAUCCAAUCUACAUCCACAGGAAGUCCCCUCUUCCCCGCUCCAAAAAGAUCGGCUCUGUGGAAGAAGAGAGCCCCCUGAGUGUGUCUAGCCCUGACUCUAUAGGUACCUGGAUUCAUUACACCUGUGGUGUUGGUACUGGGCGUCGAAGACGCAGAUCAGGGGACCAAAUAACUUCCUCCCCAGUCUCCCCCAAAUCACUGGCUUUCACAUCCAGUAUUUUUGGCUCAUGGCAACAGGUUCUGUCAGAGAACAACAGCCACAGCAGACCCAGCAGACUGCACCCGGAUCACAAGCUCACACCUGGAAUAGGGUCUCAUUGCGCUGGCUUGUUUAGCACCAUGGUGCUGGGUGGCUCCUCCAGUGCACCUAACCUACAAGAUUACGCUCACGCACACCGUAAAAAGCUGACCUCCUCUGGCUUCUUAGAUGAGGCUACGCGUGGUUCUGCUGUAAAAAGGUUUUCUAUCUCAUUUGCGCGACACCCAACCAAUGUGUUUUCCAGUAUGUUCAGUGGUUUUGAGUUGUACUCCAUGGUUCCUUCAAUCUGUCCCUUGGAGACCCUCCAUAAUUCCCUGUCUCUCAAACAAGUGGAUGACUUCCUCGCCUCUAUAGCCAUAUCCCAUGAUCCAGUCCUGGAAAUAUCAGCAUCCUCCCCAGCUGUGCCCACCAAGAAGGCUCCUUUGAACACUUACACUCCAGCAAAAGUUUUGCCCUGUCCAUUCACCCAAUCUCUCGGCAAGAAGACGUGCUCAAAAGAGAAGAGUGCAUCAGAUCAUGAUGAUUUUCCAGCCAGAAAACCCAGAGCAGUUUCGGCAGUUGUUUCAGAGCAUGGUGUGAGUAGUGGCAAAACCUCACAGCCAAGUUCAGAGACCAAGCAGCCCAAGCCUGCUUCCAUCCUUCUGCUACCUGAAUCUCAUGACCCUGCUGUUAAAACCCAACAACAAUCCAGUGGCACAGCAACACAUGAAACCCCUGCUCUAGAAAACAAGAGUGCUACGAAAACCGUGUCAGGCUUUUACACAUGACAUCCAUCUGCAAACCCCCAACCAGGGCACAACUAAAAACACGGCUAUCAAAGCACACAUACCAAGCUCAUGGACAACUGAUGCAUAUGUCAACUGGACCCAGUGAACCAAAACUCACAGAGCAUGUUACAGGCCUCACUUCAUUACUUUUAGUGACAAGAAUUUGUCAUCAUUAGCUGUACCUUUAUUUUCAUUUAAAGGAACAUCUCACUGAAUGUUUGAUACCAAAACACAGUCCACCAAAAUAUAUCACAUUGUUGUAAUUACAAUCAUAUCGUAGGCUUAUUUAGCUUUUCCAUUCACCUUGAAUGGUUCAGAAGAAUGUGUUACAUUUAUCUUGUAUAUUUAAAUGUUGAAAUGUAAAAGCUCACAUAGAAUUUACUUGUCAUAGUAUGACAUGUUGCUGCAGCUGGUUUUAAUUCUUUUGGAAUAUUUAAUGAAUGCAGCACUUUCUGGGGCCUCAUCAAACAAGGUCCAAAGUGAUAUUUCUUGUUUAGAAACAUAUUUUUAAUUCAUAUAAUUGAUUACAAUCAGACUGUACACUUCUUUCUCUCCACUGUAACUGACAUCUGCCUUAUGUUAAUAAUUACUUUUCCAUCAAACUGAAAUUUAAUACAAAUGAUGUGUAAAUUGGGAAUGAAAUUUGGUAUUUUUAAGUUCUUGAAAAAUAAACAAUUUAGUCCAAACUA